AUUGAUUAGAAUGGCCUCAUUGAGGGAGAACGCAAGCUCUGGUCCCCACGGCCUAGCCCCAAGACGCAAGUUGAGCCGAGCUGCGUGCAUCAACUGCCACGACCGAAAAGUGCGCUGCGAUGCCCACAAAAGAGGUUUCCCAUGUUCGACUUGUAUCAAUUCCCAGCGGCCUAACUGUCGAAUACAUGAGAAGAAGAAACGAACUAUAAUUCGCCCCUCAAGCAAUCCUGUUCCGAUUCGGCGGAGGUCUAAUGAUCAAGCCAGUCUGCCACAAGGCACAUCUUCUGAUAGAGCUUCGUCAAGCACAACUCAAUCUGCGGGCGAAGUUCAAAACACAAAUGACGCAAGUACAGCAGUAGCAAAAGAUGAUUCUGGUAGACGCCAUCUUGUCGAAUUUAUCGGCCAAAAGGACAUAGGCCAUCGAUCAAUUCAAAGAGGGGUUAGGAUCACAUAUGUUGGCAAAGAUGUCUCAAAUAUCAAUUUUCUUGUCCGACAACGAGACGGUGGGGAAGACGAAACCGUUUACCAUUUUCCAAGUGAUCAAAUAGCACGUCAGUAUAUCACUCACGAACCUGACCGUAUGCCACGAGAAGCAUUUAUUCUGCCGGACCAAGCUUUGGCAGAUGAGUUGGUAGAAGCUUACUUCACUCACAUAAAUCCUGGUUGUCCCAUUGUGGACGAAGAUAUUUUCAUGGGCCAGUAUCGAGGUCGAAAUCCAGCGGAUCCUCCUUCACUUCUCGUUCUUCAAGCUAUUCUCCUGGUAGGAGCUCAUGUGUUGCGAGAACGGCCUGAUCGUGAUGUGUUGAAAGCCACAUUUUUCAGGAGAGCGAAAAUGUUGUUCGAUGCUCGGCUAGAGAAGAAUCGAGAUGUUGUCGUGCAAGCAGCACUGCUUCUCACAUGGCACUCUGACGGGAAUGAAGACAUUGCUGCAAAUGCAUGGUACUGGGUCGGCAUCGCUGCUCGGAUUGCUAUGGGUUUGGGCAUGCACCGUGAUGCUGGCUCCAGUACCUUGAUUCAUCAUGAUAUGCGUACGUGGAGGCGAACGUGGUGGAUCUUGGUCCAAUUUGAUGUUACGGUAUCCCUUUCAUAUGGACGUCCACAAGCUAUAAACCUCGAAGAAUGUGAUGUGCAGCCCUUGAGCGAGUCUGAUUUUGAAGGCUGUGGCCCCAACGUCCAAAUUGAUUAUGUCGUCCAACAUACCGAGCUCUGCCUCCUGAUCUCUAAGAUUGUCAAGGAAGGGUUUGGCCUGCGAGUCAGUCCCGAAGACCGCAAAGCAGCUCUGGGAAAUGGAGACGAGGCACUUGCCCAUUGGUGUUUGAAGCUCCCUUCUUAUCUACAGAUGUGUACUUCCGAUAUGAGUCUAUGGGCAUCCUCUCUACAUCUGACGUAUAAUAACUUCUUGAUCUUGCUUCAUCGACCACAUCCUCGGGCAUCCCAACGAUCUGAUCACCACGGACGAAAUGACUCUGACAUUUGCAGCGCAGCUGCGAUCGCAAUUGCCAGCAUAUUCGAAGAAUUGAGACAGAAAAAUCGCAUAAAGUACUUGUGGAUCUCCGAUAUCAAUGCUCUGUUCACAGCAAUGAUCCAAGUUAGUGUUGAAUUGAGGUUUUCCAACCCAGUCUUAGCGAUCAACGCUCUUCGCAGAUUUGACUCGACUCUCCUCUCACUGAGAAAACUUGCCGAGUAUUGGAUCAAUGCCGAAUCGAUCUUACGGUUCUUCGAGGAAAGUUCCCAUGUGCAACAUGGAAUUCGCCUAGGCAAAGCCAGCUCAGAGCAAGAUCGGGCGCAGACUCCGAGCCUUCAAAAAGGCAAAGAAGUUGCUCCAACAUCUAAUGCUAGUACAUCACGAGAUGAGAAUACGUGGAAUCCGAGUGGAAGAACGGAUCUAGAUAUGCUUGCGGCCGCUGCAGAUGCAGCGCGAGAUACUACGCUAGCAAUGGUCCCGAAUGCAUCGGACGAAAUGCAAAACUGGAAUGGAAUUCUGUCCCAGAAUAACAGCCCAGAGGAUUUCGUUCUGAACUCCUCUGACAUGAUGACUUUGGACAACGAAUGGCGAGAAAUAUAUUGGCAAGAGCCCGGACUUUCAGGCUCAUUUCCAGAUGGGUUCUGGGGUUGGUCAUGAUCAAUAUAUCAUCAUUUAGACCUGAAGUGCCAAUGAGUUCAGAACAAUUCGUCUAUCAAUACAGAAACCCUUCGUACCCCUCAUUGGGAUCAUCAAAGUACCAAGUGAGAUCUUUGCCCCGCGCCUCCCUCACACUAAAUCCGUUACCCAAAUAAGCAAACCGAUUUAAAGGGUUUAACCUCG